AUGGGCAAGCCUGUCCCUCCUCCACCCAGCUAUCGCGACGACCCUGAAGCUGUGUCGCUCCACACCACACCAGACGACUACGCAUACACCGACCUACCAGAACCCUCUGGCCUCCCUCCCUCUUACAGCGACAGCGAAGCCAGCAAUCAUGUUCCCGCCUCAGCGAUCCCCAUCCGCCAUGUGGCACCACCCUCGACGCGAACAAACCACGACCGCCCCAGCUUCAAGUACGGCAAGCCCUGCGUAGUCGAGACCGUCGAUGUCAUGGAGCCCGCCUACGACACCGACCCAGCCCAACUCGAAGAAGCUAUCCGUGCCUAUGCCAACUCGGCCCCGGUCCCCCUCAUCUACAUAAUGGGCACGCACAAAGAAACCGUGCGCAAAAACGACAACAAGAAAGAAACCCACCACGUAACCGACUUCCGCAUCGUAAUCAACCUCCAAUACUACCUCCACCCAAACUUCAACCCCUCCGACACCUCCCCAAUGUCCCUCGUAACCGUCUCCAACGGCGAAAAAACCCACCGCGGCACCAUCCUCGCCCACCGCGCCCCCGGCGUAAACCACGACAUAGAAAUCGGCAGCUCUCCCCCACCUUCACUCACAGAAUGGUGCCACCGCUACUGCGCCUCGCCCCGGAUGUUGCGAAUCUUCCGCCUCCGCCGCCAAAUCACCGGCCUCGAAGAAACCCAGCUCAGAAACCGCAUCACAGGGCUCCUCCGCUCAACAGACUACCGCGGAAACAUCAGCAUCACCUUCCCCAUCGAAGAAGCAAACAUCGACAUCUACACCUCCAACCGCAUCAACACUCUCCGCCUCAAAACAUGGGUCUGCUGGCUCUUCUACCUCUCUUUUCUCUGGAUUUUCUCCUGGCCCGUCUUGUUCUUUGCCACUAGGCGCUACGCCGUUGUGCGUGCCGAAUGGCCGUUUUCGACAACGGAUGAGCGCGGCGAGAAGAGGUAUACGACGGUUAGUGAGGAGCAGUGGUUUGACAUGUGGAAGGUGGGGAUUCGUCGCUUGGCGCUUGAGCGGUUUCAGGGCGAGGCUACUGAGGAUAUGAUGAGGCGUGUUAUGGCGCGCGAUGAGGAUCCGAGUAUGCCCGGGUCGCUGACGGGGCAUGCGGGUGUGGAUGGGGCGUUGAGUGUGUUGAGUGAGGGGGUAAGGGUUGCGAGGGCGGUGCAGGGGGGACGGGGGAUGGACUUGAGUUUUGCGGUAGGAAGGAGUGUGCAGGGUGGAGGGUGGGGAUACGAUUGCUGA